AUACGUCGCCGUGGGUAGUGACAUGUCGAGCUCUGCCCCAUCGGCCGUCGGCAGUGGCGACGGCGGCACGCCGGCGCUAAGCGCGUCGGCCAUCGUCGCGGACGCCGUGACCGGGUCGCAUGUGCUCAAGAUCAACGGGUACUCCCGAACCAAGGGACUCGGCAGCGGCAAGUUCAUCUGUUCCGGCAUCUUCAAUGUCGGAGGCCAUCGCUGGUGUAUCAAAUACUACCCCGACGGUGAGGUGCCAGACUCUGCUGAUUGGAUAUCCAUGUAUCUAAAUCUUGAUCAUACCGAUGCUUUGAAUGUGAAGGCACGAUUCAGAAUCAGUUUACUCGACGAGAUUGGAGAACCAGUGUCAUCUUUCAGCGAAGGUAGCCAGAUACGCACCUUCUCCAGCCAAAUUGGUGGAUGGGGUUUCAAAAAUUUCAUCGAAAAGAAGACAUUGGAGGAAUCGACCUAUUUGAAAGAUGAUUGUUUCAGAGUCAGGUGCGAUAUCACCGUCACAAAGGAAAUCCGUAUUGAGGAUGCCGCCAUGCAAUUCGUCACUGUGCCACCGUCCAACAUUCACAGGCAUCUUGGCCAUCUCCUCUCGUCCGAAGAGGGGAUGGAUGUCACGUUUGAGGUCGACGGGGAGACCAUUAGUGCACAUAGGCUUGUGCUCGCUGCGCGGUCCCUCGUCUUCAAGGCCGAACUCUAUGGUCCCAUGAAGGAGAAGACCAUGAGCCAUAUCCGAAUCAUUGAUAUGGAGGCAAGAGUGUUCAAGGCUAUGCUCCACUUCAUCUACACUGACUUGCUGCCUGAGAUAGACAAGGAUGAUGCAGUGGUGAUGGCUCAACAUUUACUAGUAGCAGCAGAUAGAUAUGGCCUGGAGAGGCUGAAGCUAAUAUGCGAGGACAUGCUUUGCAACUACAUCAACACAAGCACGGCUGCGACCACAUUGGCCCUUGCGGAACAGCAUGGUUGCCAUGGGCUCAAGGAGGCAUGCUUCAACUUCCUUGAGAUAUCUAGCAAUUUUAAGGCACUAAUGGCGAGUGAUGGCUUUCAACAUCUGAUGAGCAGUUGCCCUUCUGUUCUCAAGGAGCUACUGGCCAAGGUUGUUCCAUAA